GGAAAAUACAAAAAAUCAAAAAAUUCAUAUUUCCCUUUUGGAAUUCUUUAAGAACAUUUAAAGUACUUCAAUGGAUAUAUCUACAACUUAGCACACAAAAGGCUCUUUCAGAGCAUAUUUAAAAACUGAUCAAACAGGAGUUCUCUGGUGGCACAGCAGGUUAAGGAUCUGGCAGUUAUCAUUGCUUUGGUUCUGGUUGCUGCUGUGGCGCAGGUUUGAUCCCUGAGCCAGGAAUUUCUGCAUGCCGUGGGGGCAGCCAAAAAAAAAAAAAAAAAAUACUGAACCACCAAAACACCAAGGGUUUGAGACUGUUAAUACAAUGGAAUAUAUACUACAUGAGUAUUCAUUAGCACAAUUUUCUUCAUCGGGCUCUAUGUUAGAAAUUACUGGUCAACCUGUAUUAACAACAAUACAUCAAUAAAUUAAAUCUAAGACAAGAGUAAGACCUCAAAUGUCAUGUUUGAUUUAUUGAUUAAAAAAAAGGUCCUAAUGAUACCAGAAAGUGAUGUAGUCUCAUAAGCUCUAUAGGUGGCAUGUUUAAAUCAUGACUGAGUAGUUAUAAUUUUUACAGAUGCUGAUGGAAAGAGUUUAGAAGAAUAAUAGAAGACACUCUGAUUAAAUACACACAUGUCCACAAAAGCACAGAGCGCAGAGAAUGGAAAAAUAUCUGGGUAUUUAUUUUUUUUUGGUCAUGCCAUGUGGAAGUUCCAUGGCAUCUGGAAGUUUCUAGACCAGGAUCAAACCUGCAGUGACAACACAGGGUCCUUCACCCCCUGAGCCACCAGGGAACUCCUCUGGGUAUUUUUUAAAAGUUCUUUGGAGAAUAAAAAAUUCAGAGCUUUCAGAGCAUGGGGAAAUUUUUUAAAAAUUCAGAGACUUAAAUAAAAUACUAAAAUGACUAUUAUAAAUAAAAUAAACAAAAGUCUUAAAAAGGACCCAACACAAACUAACAUGAGAUGUGUACCAGGUAUUGAAUAUAUAACCAUGAUGUAAAAAUAAAUUUCAAAUCUUUUUUUUUCUGAAUGUUGAGGUCUGGUCAACACUAGAGCCAUCUGUGGCUCAAGCUAUAUUUAUUAUCAAUUUUACUGUUGGCUUAUACUCUCAGAUGUCCUGAACUUAAUGGUCCAGCAGGAAGCAAGGUGGCCAGCUCUGGGAUUUGAACUGAGGCUAGUGCUAAUCUUAAUGCCUAAAAGAUGGCUUCCCUGCUAUGAGUGUAUCAUUUUUUAAGGUUAUGCUGGUUGGGAGCACUUGUUGUGUUGUGGUGACUAUGUUUGGGCAAAUUACCAUUGGACACAGAGGGAAAACUCAAGAUCACAAGCACCAUCACCUUUGCACAACUAACACCAAAGAUUUCUUAAACCUGUCAGAAGUGCAACACAUGGAGCUUAGUAAAAGUGUCUCUAUUUACACUAUCAUCCUUAGAGAACCUGAUGAAGAGUAUUAUUGGGCUGUAGUGAAAGAGCCUUGGAAACACUGUGACAAAGGGGAGCAUUACAGUAUUAAAAAUGAUGGUUAGAUAAAAAAUGACAUGUGGACACAUAUAAGGAAAAUGUACAAACAUGUCUUUGGAAAGCAUGGCGACAAUUACAACUGGUUCUUUCUUGCACAUCCCACUAUAUUUUGUGUCACUGAAAACUUAAAGUAUCCUCUGUUUACUAGGAAUGCUUCACAAUCCUUCUAUCUGGGCCACAAUAUAACAUCUGGUGACCUUGAAUACAUGACUAUGAAAGGAGGAAUUGUCUUAAGAAUAGAGACUAUGAAAAGACUUAACAGACUUCUCAAUUGUGAAAAGUGUGCAGAUCAAAGUGUGCUUGGGAAGUUAUUUGAGGAUGUGCAGCUGGCAGCUUGCCUGAAACAUGCAGGAGUUCUUGCAGAAAAUGCAGAGGAUUCCAAAAAAAGAGCUCUAUUUAAUACAAAACCAACUGCUCAACUUAUUCAAGAGACAGUAUCUAAUAACUCUAAGCAAGUAGUAGAAGGCUGCUGUUCAGAUAAAACUAUUACUUUUAACAGACCAACUCCCCCAAAGAUGAUAGUAAUAAUGUAUGGUGUGUAUUAGCUCAGGGCAUUUAGACAUUAUUUCAAUGAUACACUGAUUUUCUUGCCUCCAAAUGGUUCAGAAAAUUACUGACAGCUGGGAAAUAAUUGAACUGUGUUGCCCAAGAGCACUUGACAUGUGGCUAGUCCAAAAUGAGAUGUGGUGUAAGUAUAAAAUACACACUUCAUUCAAUAAUAUAUUAUUUGAAAACGUAGUACAAAAAAUAUAAAACAUUUCAGUAAUUGUUCAUACUGACUCACACUGCAAUGAUAGUAUUUUGGCUAUGUUGCAUUAUGUAAAAUAUUGAAAUAAAUUUCAUCUGUUUUUCAUUUUAUCAAUGUUGUUAGAAAUUUUAAAAUUACAUAUGGGUCUCACUUUAUAUUUCUAUGGGAUAAUAAAUAUGUAAAACAUUCCAUUGUCACCACAUGCGGCAAUUUAACUGCCUGUCCACAUGGCAUUAAAAGGCAGUUUAUUGCAGGGAUCUAGAUUCUGGAAGAGGUUUCAAAUAUUUGGAAAUGUAAAUAGAGAUUUCCCAAGUACAUUCUCUGGUCCUCGUAUCACCUUUUUGUGAAGAUAUUUCAAAUGUUUAAUAAGCAAGUAUUGUUGUCUAAAAGCAUUUUAUUGAAUCAUUGUUAUAGACUACAGCAUUAUGUUGGACAAGCACUGUGUCUCCCGUCUAGGAUAUUCCUUAAACCAAAAAACUAACUGGUGUGCACACGCUAACAUCACAUUAUUUUACUACUGACAAUAUGUUGACAACUGUCACCUCUGCAAUGCAACUACAUUAUGUGUUCAAGGGAAUUUUUGCACUUGUGCAGCCUUAGCCUCAAUUUGAAUAUUUUUGAGAUUUCCAGGAAAAAAUGGGAAAAUCCACAGAUAGUUGCUGCUUUGAAAAUUCUGCUAGUGAAAAAAAAAUGAUUGACACACUUAUUAGAUGAAAUCCAGUGUGUUCAAGACACACCUAUUAGAAUGGCCAAAAUCCAGAACAAUAACAACACCAAAUGUUAGCAAAAAUACAGAGCAACAGGAACUCUCAUUCAUUUGCUCAUGGGAAUGCAUUUUUUUGUUUGUUUCUUAUACUCUUACCGUAGUAUCUAGCAAGUGUGAUCCUUGGUAUUUAUCCAAAGGAGCUGAAAACUUAUGUUUCCAUUAAAACCUGCACACAGAUAUUUAUAGCAGUUUUAUUCAUAACUGCCAAAACUUGGAAGUCACCAAGAUGUCUUUCAGAUGACUGGAUAAGUAAACUGUGGUGUAUCCAGACAAUGAAAUAUUAUUUAGUGCUAAAACGAAAGGAGUUAUUAAGCUAUGAAAAGGCAUGGAGGAAACAAAUACAUAUUAUUAAGUGAAAGAGGUGAAUCUGAAAAGGCUACAUAAAAUCUCAUUCAAGCUACAUAACAUUCUAGAAAACUAAGGAAACAAUAAAGAGAUCAGUGGAUGCCAAGGUGUUGGGGAUAGAGGCAUAGAAGAUUUUUAGGGCAGUGAAAAUACUCUAUAUGAUACCAUACUGAUGGAUACAUGUUAUUAUACCUUGUCCAAACCCAUGGAAUGUACAACACCAAAAAGAAUGAAACUAUGAACUUUGGGUGAUAAUGAUGUGUCAAUGUAGGUGCAACAAUUUGUAACAUGUAUCACUUUGGUGGGGAAUGUUAAUAAUAAAGAAGGCUAUACACGUGUGGGGGCAGGGAAUAUAUGAACAAUUUGUAUCCUCCAUCUAAUUUUUGUGAACCCUAAAUUGUUCCAAAAAGACAAGGUCUUGGAUUUCUCUUGUGGCACAGUAGAUUAGGGGUCUGGUGCUGUCACUGCAGCGACUUGGGUUGCUGCUGUGGUACAGGUUUGAUCCCCAGCCCAGGAACUUCCACAUGCCAUAGGCUCAGCCAAAACAAAAACAAAAACAAAAACAAAAAAACCCAAGGCCUUAAUAAUAAUUAUUUUUAAAAAGAUUGGACAGUUUCCUAAGAGGACUGCCCUGAUCUGAAUGUUUAUGUUCCCCCUAAAUUCACAUGCUGGAAUCCUAGUGCCCAGUGUGACGGUGGGAUUAGUGCUUUUAUAAUAGAGAUUCCACAGAGCUUCUAGCCCCUUCUGCCAGGUGAAAGUACAAGUUUAUGACCCCGAGGCAGCCCUAACCCAGUCUUGCUGGAAUCCUGGUAUCAGACUUCCAGCCUCCAGAACUGUUAGGAAUAGAUUUCUAUUAUUUGUAAGCUACGCAGUCUGUUGUAUUUUGUUAUAGCAGCCCGAACAGACUAAAACAGAAUAUUAGUACUGAAAGUGAGGUGUCCAUAAAAAUAAAAACCCAUUCAAAUACGGAAACAAUUUUGAAUUGGGUAAGAGAAACUGGAAGAAUUUUGAGGUAUGUAGUAGAAAAAACCUACAUCACCAUGAAAGAACCAUCAAAAGCAAUUCUGGUGAGAGCCCUGAAGAGCAGAUAAGCUGUAGAGAAUGUGUCAAUCUUCUUGGAGAGUAAACCUAAGGAUUAUCAACAGAAUGUUGGUAGAAAUGACAGAGUCAAGGCUCUUCUGAUGAGAUGAGAAACAUUAUUGGAAACUGGGGGAAAAGUGAUCUGUUAUAAAGUGGCAAAGAGCUUGGCUGAAUUGUGUUCAUGCUCUAGUGUUCUGUAGAAGCAGAAGUUGUGAGUGAUGAAACUGUAUAUUUGACUGAGGAAAUUUCUAAGCAGUGUUUAAGAAGUGGCCUGGUCUUCUUGAAUGCUUAUAAUAAAUGUGAGAGGAGAGAAAUGACUUAGAGACGGAACUGUUAAUCAAAGAGGAUACAAAACCUGAAAAUAUGAAAGAUUUUCAGCCUAU